UGGGUUCAGCCAACCGAAGCGCGAGGUGUGUUCUCGGUCUUCUCGGUAACGUUAAACGAUACAAACGUGUCCCGUGGUUUGUGAUGCUACUGUAAAUAUUUACCGUUUCAUUUGCUAUCAGCGGGUUUGAUCGGAAACAGGAGCUAACUCUUCACCUCCUCCUCCUCCACCUCCACCACCUCCUCCUGCUCAUCCGGGCUGUGAAACGCCGCUAGCUGCGAUGUGAUUGUGCGGAGCGGCCGUCGAGGGAAGUUAUAAUUGACAUUAUCGCAGCUGAAUGGACACAACACCCGCUCGUCCGGCUUCGUUUCACGCGUGAAUGCGGCUCUUCUCCACAGUUGAGCCCCGCGUUGGGAGGAGUAAGAACCGCUAGACUCGUAUUUUCUUCCCGUGGCGGCGGAAAUAACCGAAGAGGAAGAAGAAGAAGUAGAAGAAGAAGAGACCGCAUCCCCACACAGACACAAACAUGUCCUUCUUCAAUUUUCGGAAGAUGUUCAAGUUGGGGCCCGACAGGAAGAAGAAGCAGUACGAGCAUGUCCACAGGGACGUGAACCCGGAGGACAUCUGGGAGAUGAUCGGGGAGCUGGGGGACGGAGCGUUUGGGAAAGUGUACAAGGCUCAGAAUAAGCACAAUGGGACCCUCGCUGCUGCCAAGGUGAUUGACACCAAGACGGAGGAUGAACUGGAGGAUUACAUGGUGGAGAUCGAAAUUCUGGCCUCCUGUGACCACCAUCACAUCGUCAAACUGCUGGAUGCCUUUUAUUUUGAAAGCAAACUUUGGAUCCUGAUUGAGUUCUGUGCGGGCGGCGCAGUGGAUGCCAUCAUGCUGGAACUGGAGAGGCCCCUGACAGAGCCUCAGAUCCGUGUGGUGUGUCGACAGACCUUAGAGGCCUUGGUUUACCUCCAUGAGAACAAGGUCAUCCACAGAGAUUUGAAAGCCGGGAACAUUCUCCUCUCCUUGGAUGGAGAAGUGAAACUUGCUGACUUUGGGGUUUCUGCAAAAAACACCAAGACGUUACAGAGAAGAGAUUCUUUCAUCGGCACUCCUUACUGGAUGGCUCCCGAGGUAGUUAUGUGCGAAACGUCCAAGGACCGUCCGUACGACUACAAGGCUGAUAUCUGGUCCCUCGGGGUGACCCUGAUAGAGCUGGCACAGAUUGAGCCGCCCAACCACGAGAUGAAUCCCAUGAGAGUGCUGCUGAAAAUAGCCAAGGCCGAUCCGCCCACACUUAUGCAUCCCUCUCGCUGGUCGUCACAAUUCAACGACUUUCUGCGGAAAGCACUUGAUAAGAAUGUGGACAAUAGGCCGGGUCCAAUACAGCUUCUACAGCAUCCCUUUGUCAGCAAUGUAACCAAUUGCAAACCUCUCAGAGAACUCAUAGCCGAGGCCAAAGCUGAAGUCACAGAGGAGAUCGAGGACAGCAAAGAGGAGGAGGAGGAGGAUGAGCCUGAUACACCACAGGCUGUUCCUGGGCACAAGCGCGCACCCUCAGAUGUCAGCAUGGCCAGCUCAGAGGACGACAAAGCACCACAAACUCCCUCCACUCUGGAAUCUGUUACAGAAAAGACGGAGGGCGGGCCUGCUGCGGACAGGACCAGUGAUAAGCUCUCAGAUGAAGGACUUGGAACAAGUGAGGUCGACAAGACUGAGGAGGAGAAACUCAAUGAGGUGUCUGAUGCCAGUAAUGAAGACCUGGCCUCGCCGACAGUAAAGCCCACCAAGGACGUUGUCUCUCAAGAUCUUACAGAGGAUAAACCAGUAGAUGAACAAUGUGAAGUGAUUCCUGAGGAACCUGUAGUAGCAGAGCCUGAAGAGAACUUAGAAAGCUUAGACCUUUACACAGAUGGUCAGAAAACGGAGGAAGAAGAGAAGGAGACACAAGAGGAGAAAGAGAAGGAUGAACCAACUCGACAAACAGAAGAAGAAAUUAAGCCUGAGGAUGUGAAAGAACAAGAAGAAACACAAAAACAAGAAGCAGGUACAGACGAAUUUACAAAAUCCCAAGAGCGACCUGAAGAUACACAUGAGAAAGCAGAACCUAUAAUAGUGGAUGUAGCACUGGCAGGACAAGAAAACAAAGAACUAGGUGUGGAGACACCUCAACACAAAGUGACAGUUACAGUAGAAGACGCAGUUGAUUUUACAGAUGGAAUUGUAGACAAAGAGAUAAUAGAAUCAAAUCAAAAGGAAACAAAAGUAAAUGGAGAAACAGAGUCAAAGUCAAUAGUGGAUCCCUCCACUGAUAUUUUAAUAGAGAAGCAGACCAAAGAAAAUCAGCCUGAAGAAAAGCCUGAGAAUGAAGCCCCUGAGGGAGAUAAUCAGACUAGAGAGAAGGUUGAACUGGAGAAUGAGCCUACAACUGAGUCCACAAAUGGAGUCAGCGAUGAAGUCAAAGAAGCAGAACCAGUUCCAGAACCAGUGGAACCAUCUAAAGACAUCACCACGAAGGAGGAUGAGGAAAAAACUAGCUGUGCGGAUGAGAGCAUUUCUCAAGAUGCCGUUUCUGUCCCAGAGAGCGAAACCGACUCUGAAACCAAGACAGAGCAAGGAAGUCCUGCUGUGAUCAAGCCAGAUGUGGAGAAGGACUCUGACUCUGGAAGCAGCUCCGCGGCUGAUACUAACAGCCUUGACCUCAAUCUGUCCAUCUCCAGCUUCUUGUCCAAGAGCAAAGAAGGGGGCUCUAUUUCUAUGCAGGAGUCAAGACGUCAGAAGAAGACUAUGAAGAAAACACGUAAGUUCCUGGUGGAUGGUGUGGAGGUCAGUGUGACGACCUCAAAGAUAGUGACAGAAAGCGACGCCAAGAGUGAGGAGAUGAGGUUCCUGAGGCGGCAAGAGCUGCGAGAGCUGCGCCUCCUGCAGAAAGAGGAGCAGCGGGCCCAGCAGCUGCUGAGCAACAAGCUGCAGCAGCAGAGAGAGCAGAUCCACCGGCGCUUUGAACAGGAAACUACUGCUAAGAAGCGUCAAUAUGACCAAGAAGUGGAAAAUCUGGAGAAAAAGCAGAAGCAGACGAUUGAACGCCUGGAGCAGGAUCACACCAGCCGACUGCGAGAUGAAGCCAAACGCAUCAAAACGGAUCAAGACAAGGAACUCUCCAAGUUCCAAAACAUGCUGAAGAACCGCAAGAAGGAGGUCGAACAGGAAGUUGGACAGUCUCCCAAACACUUGAGAAAAGAGCUCAUGAAACGCGUAAAGGAGGAUCUAGCGCUCCUAAAGGCUGCCGAGGCAGUGGCCCAGGUUAUGAUACAGUCUUUUCAGUUGUCCUCAUGCGCACUCUUCAACGCUCAGAUGCAGGAUGAGCAGGAGUUCCUACAGAAGCAGCAGCAGGACCUGGACGGAUCUCUGAAGAAAAUCAUCCAGCAGCACAAACUGGAGAUCGCCACUAUUGAGAGGGACUGCCUCAACCACAAGCAGCAGCUGAUGAGAGCGCGAGAGGCGGCCAUGUGGGAGCUGGAGGAGCGCCACCUGCAGGAGAAGCACCAGCAGCUGAAGCAGCAGCUGAAAGACCAGUACUUCCUGCAACGACACCAGCUGCUGAAGAGGCAUGAGAAAGAGAUGGAGCAGAUGCACCGUUACAAUCAGCGGCUGAUAGAGGAGAUGAAGAACAAACAGAAUCAGGAGAGGGUUCGUCUGCCCAAGAUCCAGCGCAGCGAGGCCAAGACCCGCAUGGCCAUGUUCAAGAAGAGCCUCCGCAUCACUGCCACGGCAUCUGUCACCCCGGAGCAGGAGAGGGAGCGGAUCAAACAGUUUGGAUCUCAGGAAGAAAAGAGGCAGAAGAACGAGAGACUCAAUCAACACCAGAAACAUGAAAACCAGAUGAGAGACCUGCAGCUGCAGUGUGACUCCAACAUCAGGGAGCUGCAGCAGCUACAGAAUGAGAAAUGCCACCUCCUGAUUGAACACGAGACCCAGAAGCUGAAGGAGCUGGAUGAGGAGCACAGCCAGGAGAUCAGGGAGUGGAGAGAGAAGCUCAGACCCAGGAAGAAGGCGCUAGAGGAGGAGUUCACGCGAAAGCUCCAGGAGCAGGAGGUCUUCUUCAAGAUGAGCGGUGAAUCUGAAUGCCUUAACCCCACCACCCAGAGCCGAGUGUCCAAAUUCUACCCCAUCCCCAACCUGCACAACGCUGGUUUAUAGCCUCACGUCCGUCUGUGCUGCACAAACAGACUCAACCAGGCUCACAGACGCCCCCCGGUGGCAGAGCAGUGUCGUUCCUCUGACCGUUGAGUGAUCCCAAAAAAAUGAAAAUGUCUUCAUCUCCACGAUUCCAACGAAGAGUGAGCACACUUGUUGAGAAAGUGUCCUUUGGAUAAUAUGCACUUUUUUUGAGCAUGUUGAAAAUGUUAGCAGUCUGCCGUUGGUAGCUAAGCCCAAUCAUGCUUAUGAGAAUAUUGUGAGCACAGCCUGCUACAGUAUGAAUGAUCUCCAGUGCCUCAUGUAUCCUGUUUUAUGCAUUCAGACACUCCUCUGUUGUGUUUUCUUCAGCUUACAGUAAAUACAGUGCCCCCCCCCCGAAUGUGUUGCACUUAAAUAACUUUUUGUCAUUUCCACCCAUGAUCACAAAAUACAUUUACUUGUGCAUCAUUUCCCGUGAGCUGCUGAAUAAUUCCGACUCUGAGAUCCUGUUUUGCUGGUGGAGCUGGUUCGCAGCGAGAUGUUGUGUGUCUUCUAACUCGUGCGGUGUCUGUUGUUGCCAUGAGAGAAAAAGUCUGUGAGUAACGAUGACAACGAUCGUACUGUGUCGUACACGAGUGAAACGUUACAUGUCUGUAUCUACAUGCAAAGAUAAAUUUACAGUCCUGAGAGGGGAAUGAACAAAAGAUUACAACUAUAGCUUUCGCACAUAAUUUCACGUCCGUGCUGUUUCUCAAAAACACACAUCUCCCCUGUUUGAUGAAACACAGCGGUGGCAUGUGCUUCUUCCUGGAGAGAGAGAGAAAAUCCCUUUUUUAUAUAUAUAUAUAUAUAUAUAUAUAUAUAUAUAUAUAUAUAAUAUAUAUAAGUAUAAAAUAAAUCAUUCGACUCUUCGGGAGUCUUUUUGAGCCGUGUUGUGAGGUUUGAACACGUGGAAACUAAAGGAAUGUAAAGCCGUUGAUUUGCACUGUUUUGCCACGAGAGCUAAAGAAAAAAAAUAUAUGCAGUUGAAUCUGUCAAUUGAAUUUUGACAGGGAGUCACUUUCAUCUCACCAAAACCGAUUCAAAUGGUCUUUUAAAAUACAUAAUUUUACCUUCUUUUUGACAAAUGUUCCAUUGAGUAUUUUUAUGUUCACAUCCAGUUUCCUGAAGACAUUUUCUGAUGUAUUGAAGCUGUAAUCACUCAUUAUGCUGAGAUCGGAGUUGCGUGAGAGUUACGAUGCGGUAUCUGUUACUGUAUGAGUUUCAGUGUGGGAGGAGACAUCCUUCGCUGUAUUUUAUGGGCAAAGUAUUGACGGUUCACGAAAAGAGAAACGUUUCCUUUUCGAGAUACAGAUGAUAUUUUGUUUUGCCACUGCACAUCGUCAAUGCACGUUGUCAUUUCUGUACGCUGACACCAUUGUUUUGUCGUGAAUGCUGGAUUUGUAUUGGGGUUAUUGGAGCUGUGUGUUGUGAAUUACACCGUACGCCCCCAUAGAUUUCAGAUAUUUUUUUAUGUUAAGUUGUAGCAUUUUAAUCCGUCGUUGCGUUGUCAUUCUUCCGCCAUGGAUAUUCUUGGUAUAUCAUUUUUUUUUAUGUCAAAUCAAAUGUAUUUAAAAUGUUCUCACAAAUGGGACAUGUUUUUAUUUUCGUUGCUGUAAAUAAAAUAUGGACUGUU